CAUUAUUAUGACAUUUGUUGGAUUGAAAUCAAGCAAUACGGACGGACGGGUAUCAAACCGUGCUGUAAUUUUUAUCGCAUCAAAGUGAAUUAUCGCGUAAUUAAUAGUGUUAUUAUUUUGUCUAAAAUAAUUGUUGAUAAUGGUGCCGUCGACCGUGGUGUAUGUAGCGGCGGUUCCAAUCUCAGUGAUCGUCGCAUUGGGCUUGUUACGGAAGUGGAGAGCUAGGAAAUGGGCUACCUGUGCCAGCAAUACGUGUUUGAGAGGGAAGACCUUCCUAAUUACUGGAGCUAACAGUGGUAUAGGUUAUGAAACUGCUAAAUCUAUUGUUAAGAGGAAGGGGCGCGUGAUAUUCGCCUGUAGGGACAUCGGUAAAGCCAAGGAGGCUAUUGCUCUCAUCCGCAAAGAACAACCCAACGGGGGUGAGAUGAUCCCCAUGCAAUUGGACCUCUCAUCAUUUGAGUCCAUAGAGAACUUUGUAGAAGUUGUAAAGGCUGGUUUCCACAAGAUAGAUGUACUGAUAAACAAUGCAGGUGUUGUUGUACCAUUGAAAGAAGAUCUUAAAACUAAGGAGGGAUUUGAAAUUCAUCUUGGUGUUAACCAUUUGGGCCAUUUCUACCUCACAAACUUACUGUUGGAUCUUUUGAAGAGGGCAACACCAAGCAGAAUAGUAGUGCUGUCGUCUACACUGCACGAGCGUGGGAAUAUCGACUUUGAUGACCUGAACUUAAGGCAGCAAAUCGAGCAAGCUAAGAAGACUGGUGGGAACGCCCGUCACAAUCCUGGGUAUUGCAACUCUAAGCUGAUGAAUGCGUAUUUCGGAAGGGCGCUGGCUUGUAAUCUGAGGAACACUGGCAUCGAUGUUCAUUUGGUCUGCCCUGGAUUCUGCGCUACUAAUCUGUUUAGGCAUUCAAUAAAAUGGUACCACUACAUCUUAAUGGCUCCUAUAUUGCUAGCUUUCAUGAAGACUGCUAAACAAGGAAGCGAGACAGUAAUUUUCUGCGCCACAGACCACAGCAUUGAAGGCAAGACAGGCAAGUUCUACCGCGAAUGUGCAGAGUACAACUCCAAGUAUAACUUCGAUAAGGAUGUGGAAACCAAGUUGUGGACCGUCAGCGAAGAACUGGUGAAAGCUAGGAAGCCACUAUGAAUGUGUCAAAAAUGAGGUAGAAUAGUGCCAUCCGAUGUCUAAUUGUGCUGUUUUUAGUGGUGUAGCUUCGUUUUAUGUGUGAUUUUUCAAAAUAGGUUUAAAAAUAUAAGGUUCUACUGUUCUUAUACCUUCUGAUUUUCCACAUAAUGUUAAAUUGUUGGUAACUGCAAAAAUAUUUAUAUUGUUUGUCGUCACUAAUAACAUUUUCGAUGACGAAAAGUGCCAAAUUCUGAUAACAGAAAUAUGAAAGAAUGAGUCUAAAACUUUCUAGCUACCACACACAUAGAACGAAGGUACAUAAUCUGCCAAAACUAUAUUUGUUACUAUCGUUAUAUUUAAGCUGUCAAUCUAUGUAAACUUUCAUCAACGAUAGUACAACAGCACAAUUACUUAAUUUCAACCUUGUUACUUAAAACACUAGGUUUAGUUUUCCAUAUCAUAUUUAAUAAUUUUAUUUAAUCAUGGCCACGGUUGUGUUACAAAGCAUAAUAAUUCCUAGCAAUGUAUAAUCUCAAGAUACUCGGAUAAUAUCGUUGUUAAAAACAAUAAUUAGGUGUAUUUCCUUCGUAGGUUAGUUCUUUAGUAAAUGUGGAUAUUUGUAAAAUAUUUAUUACAAUUUUAAAAUGGG